AAGCCACGUCACGAAGCGUGGUUAGUGCUAAGAUGCGCCCGUCCUCGUCUUUUCUUCAGUCGCAUUUAAGCAAAGACCAGCUGAUAAUCGAUCAUUUUCUCUCCUCCAUCUUCAAUGCUUUUAAGUUAACUGAUUGAUUAAACAGAGCAAUCAGGGUGGACUGGUGGAGGUUAAAAUGAGGCAGUUCUAUUCCUGGUUGUUCAAUGUAAUAUUAAUAUCGUUUGUGUUGUUGAAGAAUGUGAAAUAUGGGAGUGCAGGGAUUACAAGUACUUUUAUUCGAUCAGAGUGGCCGUCCAUUGAUAUCCCUCUUGAUAAUGAAGCAUUUGCUGUUCCUGAGGGUCAUAAUGCACCGCAACAAGUGCAUAUAAUCCAAGGUGAUUAUAGUGGGAAGGCUGUGAUUAUUUCAUGGGUAACUGUUGAUGAACCAGGGUCCAGCAAAGUGCAGUAUGGCACAUCAGAGAACGAAUAUGAUUUUUCUGUAGAGGGGACAAUGACAAACUACACCUUUUAUAAAUACAAGUCUGGCUAUAUCCAUCAAUGUUUGAUAGAUGGUCUUGAGUAUGAUACCAAGUACUAUUACAAAAUUGGGAGUGGUGACGCUUCUCGAGAAUUUUGGUUUCAAACACCUCCAAAGAUUGAUCCAGAUGCUUCUUACAAAUUUGGAAUCAUUGGUGACUUGGGGCAGACUUGUAAUUCUCUAUCGACUCUUAAGCAUUACAUGCAGAGUGGAGGACAAACUGUGUUAUUUGUUGGCGAUCUUUCUUAUGCUGAUAGAUAUCAGUAUAAUGAUGUUGGCAUACGUUGGGAUUCUUGGGGUCGGUUUGUUGAGCAAAGUGCAGCAUAUCAGCCUUGGAUUUGGUCUGCUGGAAACCAUGAAAUAGAGUACAUGCCUGAAAUGGGGGAAACAAUUCCAUUCAAAUCCUUUCUUCAUCGGUACCCUACUCCUUACUUGGCCUCCAAAAGUAGUAAUCCUCUUUGGUAUGCAAUCAGACGUGCAUCUGCCCAUAUAAUUGUGCUAUCCAGCUACUCUUCAUUUGUAAAGUACACUCCACAAUGGAUGUGGCUCAAAGAUGAACUUAAAAAGGUUGACAGGGAGAAGACACCUUGGCUAAUUGUUCUCAUGCAUGUCCCAAUCUACAACAGUAAUGAAGCACACUUCAUGGAAGGUGAAAGUAUGCGAGCAGUCUUUGAGAGUUGGUUUAUAAAAUAUAGAGUUGAUGUAAUCUUUGCUGGCCAUGUUCAUGCUUAUGAAAGAUCGUACCGAAUUUCAAAUGUACGCUACAACAUAACCAGUGGUGAGCGUUAUCCUGUAGCAGACAAAUCUGCCCCUGUUUACAUCACUGUUGGGGAUGGAGGAAAUCAAGAAGGUCUAGCUGGAAGGUUUAGAGACCCACAACCGGAUUAUUCCGCAUUCCGUGAAGCCAGCUAUGGGCAUUCUACACUGGAGAUUAAAAACAGGACACAUGCAUUCUAUAACUGGAACCGCAAUGAUGAUGGGAAAAAAGUGGCAACUGACGCGUUCGUAUUGCACAAUCAGUACUGGGCAAGUAAUCUUAGAAGGAGAAAACUGAGGAAGCAUUAUAGAAGGAGUGUUGGCAGCCGAAUGGCUACUUACUGAUUAGACUUCGAGCACCUCAGGUAUGGCAAGUUGAUAUCACUCAUCAAGGGGAAUGAAGCUAAAAAGAAAGAUUGAGCAGCCAUCACGCGUCUGAAAUCCCACAAACUGUUUCUGCCUUUUCUGUGUAAAUAGUAUGCGUUUUUUGUCCAUAAAAUCAGUCAAAUGUACGAACUGUAUUUGACCUAUAUGGAGAAAUGAGUACAUUCAAUUUAUUAUUAUAAGAAACAUGUAUUGUUGCUGCUUCUUUUUCAGCAAGUUUCAAAGAAAAUAAUUUUGUAUAAUCCAGCUAUUCUACUGGAAGAGCCAUCUGUAUUUCACAUUUUCACUCCUUUACCCUUUUUGCAUGGGAGGGGCAAGAGCCAAAUUCAUAUUUGUUGCUGGAAAAGAUU